AUGGGUUGUACUCAUUGGACAAAACAGCACGAAACGGAUGGUACCAUAAAAAAACCUAAUCAACCUGGUUUUAAAAAUUUCCCGUAUGUAACAACUGAAUUUGAUUUAUCAGGAUUAGAAAGUGAAGAUGACGACAUACAUUAUUGUUAUAAUUCAAUCAAGAACAGUAAUAAACAACAGCUGACGAAUAAACUUUUUUCACCUGUACAUGGAUUAAAUUCUUCCAACAAUACUUCUUCGACAAUGAUUAAUAGUGUUUUGGAUAAUCGAGUUGUUCAAACAGGUGUUUAA